AUGAUGAUGUCAGGAAGUAGUUUAUCAAGACAAUCUUCAGGAGGAAUGUGUAUAAGAUAUUGUUUACUGGGAUUUGCAAUGACAUCAACACUUUUAAUAUUUGGGCCAGGUUUAUAUUGGAAGAUAAAUAAGGGUACAAAAUUGGGACAUCAUUCUUCUACUUCUUGUCUACCUUGUAUUUGUGAUUGUCCUCCUCCUUUAUCCAUUCUUAAGAUUACUCCUGGUUUGGUGAACCUUUCAACCGAAGAUUGUGGUAAAGGCGAUCCAGAAGUUCAAAAUGAGAUGGAAAAACAAUAUGGAGAGCUUCUUAUAGAGGAGUUGAAGUUACAAGAAAUAGUUGGAGAAGAACAAAUAAGACAUAUAAAUGCAACAUAUAGAGAAGCACGUAGAGUUGCAUCUCAAUAUCAACGUGAAGCUGAGAAAUGCACAUUUGCUAUUGAAACUUGUGAAGAUGCUCGAGAGAUUGCGGAAGCACUCAUUCGUCGAGAGAUCAGGCUUGCCUCUUUAUGGGAACAGCGUGAUGGGAUGGGAUAAUAAUGCUGAUCGAGUAACAAUCUAAUUAAUUAACAUUAUUUGAUAAACAAUACACUUUGUUUUGUGUCAAUUGGACAUUAAUGGUGAAUCAUGAGGGUAUAAUGUUCCAAAGCUACUAGCAUUUUGUUUUGUGAUGGUGUGUUUAUCUGUUUAUUUCUUCAAAGAAAAGUGU